AUGAGAGAGCAAAUGCAGGAACUGGAGCCAAAUAUCAGUAAUGAGCCAAUUUUGUCCGGAGAGGACAGCGCAGCUUAUCACAAAGAGCCUGGAAAGGAGACCCGUCCCCAGACACACGCGAGGACGUCUGAUCCUGAGACACAGAGACAACAGUCCUCUCUUCCAACAGAGACUCACAUUGUCGAAGCUGAGCUACUAUCACCAUCCGGAUCAGAGGCAGGCUCCCCGGAGAUACCACCGGAGCUAGAAACACCAGCUGAACCACCUGGGUUAGAGGUGUCUGAUUAUCACAGAACACCACCCUUGGGGAUUGAGUCAGACGAGACGCUCCUGCAGCCAGGACAACCAGCUGAUCCUGAGACACCACCUGGUAUAGAGAUCCCACCUGUGCAAGACGCACAGCCUACACCUGCAGCUGAACCUGAGUGUGAACCGGACACCCAGACAGAGUCAGAGACAGACGGUGAACGUGAACAAGUUUGCACAUCACUGAAGGAAGAAGUGACAUCAAUGGAUGAUACUAAGCGAGUGACCGAAAAGCUCACUGAUCAAUCUGGAUUGGGAGCAGGGCUAAAAAGUACAGAUGAAGGACCAACUCAGGGCACAACCAGCAAACAGCCUGAGGACCUGACAGAGGCAGAGGAAGAGGGAGCCUGUGGUGGGAUCCAGGAUAACAGGCCCCAUAGUUCACAAAGCUCAGAGUCUUCUGGCGAGAUGGUGUCUUGUGAUGAGAAGAACCAUCCAAAAGUGUCAAUAUAUAAGACAGUGUCCUAUAGAAAAAUCCGGAAAGGUAACACCAAGCAAAGGAUUGAUGAGUUUGAGUCGAUGAUAAAUACUUAGAGAGGAUUCAGUGUUCUUUGUGUUUACAGGGAAAAUAUGGGCAUAUAGGAAAAUGUGUUUGCAUGUGUGUAAGAUGAGAGAGGUGCAAUGUAUUGAUAGUGUAUGAACUGGGUGGUGGAAACUAUUGAUAUUGUGGCAUGAACAUAAUUUUGUGUACAGUAUGUGUUUUUGUCUAAAAAUCUACUUUAGUAAAUUGGAUGAUAAAAUUGUAGAAUAGAAAGUCAUGUCACGUUAGAUGAUUUAGUAAAUGACACCUGUGGUAAAAUUGUGUAUCUUAAGUUAACAUACGAUUUACUAUUUUCUAAUCUAUUACAAAGCAAUAAAGUAAUUACUGUUAACUUUACAUCUCUAAUGCAGCUCUGCUCGCCAUAUAAGUGUAACAUUCUAAUGAAACUGAAUAUAGGCUAUUGCAGUGAUAAUAAUUUAUUUCACAAAGCUGUCUAUUUUACUGGAAA